UGGCAGUAAAACAUCCUUGUUGUCGAUACAUCAACUGCAAUCUUUUACCUGCUUGUCAAAAUAUAACAUCUGUCCUUCCAACCCAGGUUCAAACGUAAUCCACAUCCACAAAGCUAAUUACGGCCGGACAGAUAAAACUACCUGCUCUUCUGGACGACCUGCAAAUCAGCUCAGCAAUACCAACUGCUACGCUCCCACAACACUCCCCAUAAUAAGGGAUCGAUGUGAAGGAAAAACAACAUGCGCGGUGCAGGCCUCACACCUUAUCUUCUCUGAUCCGUGUGGUGGCAUCUACAAGUACCUCGACAUCAGUCCAGCCAAAUAUGUCAUAGCCUCCAUGGCGAACUGGACUGUGGUGUGUUCAAACGUAAUCCACAUCCACAAAGCUAAUUACGGCCGGACAGAUAAAACUACCUGUUCUUCUGGACGACCUGCAAAUCAGCUCAGCAAUACCAACUGCUACGCUCCCACAACACUCCCCAUAAUAAGGGAUCGAUGUGAAGGAAAAACAACAUGCGCGGUGCAGGCCUCACACCUUAUCUUCUCUGAUCCGUGUGGUGGCAUCUACAAGUACCUCGACAUCUCCUACAGCUACCUCGACAUAUCCUACAGCUGUGUUCCUCCAAGUUCCAAUGUAAUCCGUAUCCACACUGCCAGUUACGGGCGAACAGAUAAGACCACAUGCUCUUCUGGACGCCCUGCGAAUCAACUCAUCAAGACCGAUUGCUCUGCAUCUACGACGCUCCCUAUAGUAAGGGAGAGGUGUGAUGGAAAGGAGAGGUGCACGGUGAUGGCAUCAAGCGAUAUCUUCCCAGACAGAUGUCCUGAUACCUACAAGAACCUGGACAUCUCCUACAGCUGCGUUACUGAGAUUAUGCAAUAG